AACCACUCCCCCAACCCCUCCAAUUUAUAUGCAUACGCACACCAAAACUAAUCAAAAUCAAAGUGAAAGAAAACGAUGGGCACAUUGAUCAUGUGCGAGUCGUUAUUACUCUCCUUCUUCCCCCUACUCCUACUACUUUCAAUCUCCACACUCAUUCAAUGGAGAUUCAGCCCGGCCCGGCAUCUCCAAAACUCGGGCCCGAUCUCCUAUCCCAUGAUUGGAUGUUUGAUCUCUUUCUACAAGAAUCGCCGUCGCCUCCUCGACUGGUACACCGAAAUGCUAUCUGCGUCGCCGUCCCAGACGAUCCUCAUCUCCCGAUUGGGUGCGCGGCGGACCAUCGUAACGGCCAACCCACGAAACGUAGAGUACAUCCUAAAAACCAACUUCACCAACUUCCCAAAAGGAAAGCCCUUCACAGACAUACUCGGAGACUUUCUUGGCAAUGGGAUAUUCAACGUCGACGGUGACAUGUGGUACCACCAGCGAAAGCUGGUUGUACAUCAGUUCAACGCGACGUCGUUGAGGGCCUACGUGGAGAAAGUGCUGAAGGACGAGGUGGAGAGGAAGCUUCUGCCGACGAUGGAAUUCGCGGCGCUAGAGGGUAGGCCGGUGGACUUGCAGGAGCUGCUGAGGAGGUUCGCCUUCGAGCUCGUCUGCAGAGUUUCGUUAGGGUACAACCCCUGCUGCUUGGAGUACGACUGUUUGGAUGCGCGGCAGCCGAUUUUGGAAGCGUUCGACACGGCGUCGGACAUCUGCGCGAGGAGGGGUGCGGCGCCGCUGGCGGCGGUGUGGAAGAUUAAGAGGUUUAUGGAUUAUGGGUCGGAGAAGAGGUUGAGAGAAGCCAUUGGGAGGAUCCAUUUAUUUGUAGAUGGGAUAGUUAGCGAGAAGAAGAGGAAAAUAAUGAGCUGUUGUGAGAAAGGUGAUGAAAGAUGGGAUGAAAUGGAUCUUGCUUCGAAAAUGGUUAAGGAUGGGAUGGAUGAUGAGUUUGUGAGGGAUACUAUGAUAAGCCUCAUCAUGGCCGGCCGCGACACGACGUCGGCAGCCAUGACGUGGCUUUUCUACCUGCUAUCGUGCCACCCCCACGUGGGGAACGAGAUGGCACGUGAGCUGACAGCAAUCCAAUGUGGCGAUGACAUGUCAAGAUUCGAGAGGCAGAAGGAGCUGAGGUGGCUGAAAGCUUGCAUCUGUGAGUCAAUGAGGCUAUUCCCACCAGUUGCGUGGGACUCGAAGCAUGCCACUGCCAAUGACGAGCUGCCAGAUGGCACCAAGGUCCGGGCUGGCGACCGGGUCACCUAUUUCCCUUAUGGCAUGGGGAGGAUGAAGAGCCUCUGGGGUGAGGACCGGUUCGAGUUUAAACCGGAGCGGUGGGUUUCUGAGGUGGAAAGAGGUAAGGUUAAAGCGUUGAAGAAUUACGGACCGUAUAAGUUUUCGGUAUUCCAAGCCGGUCCAAGAACUUGCCCCGGCAAGGAAAUGGCGUUCAUCCAAAUGAAAUAUGUAGUGGCUUCAAUCAUGGAGCGGUUCGUGAUCAGACCCCUCAUUCCAGACCGGCCGGUUUACGUGCCCCUCCUCACUGCUCACAUGGCCAGAGGAUUCAAGGUGUGUGUUAGUCGAAGAUAAUGAAAUGACGUGCGGCGACACACAUGAUCAUAAUGUACCAUUAAUUUUUGCUGAAAUCCAAGUUUCAGUUUUGUUAUAUCAAUCAAUCAACACAAUAAUUGUUUUGCCUGAUCA